AUGGUCAGGCUCAAGAGCAGGUAUAUUCUAUUCGAAAUUCUGUAUCCUCCUGUAGAUGCGAGUGAUAGUUAUGAAGAGCUAUGUUUGCGUUCGAGUAAAGAUAUACAGCUUCGUUACCGCCAGAUGUCCUCACCAGUGAUAACACAAAAAAGCAUUAUGCAGGAGUUAAGGAAAGUGCUGCAGGCUAACUUUGGAGAUUACGGGUUGGCUCAAGCAACAGCAAUCCUCCAGGUCAAAUACUUCUCUAACAAAACGUCGACGGGCAUCUUGCGAUGUAGUCGAGAGCACUACCAGCUGGUAGUGAUGGCGUUAAUGCUGAUGAAAAGAAUCGAUGCAAUAUCGGACGUGAUAGUUAACCCUGUUAAGGUCAGCGGCACUAUCAAGAAAAUAGAGCGGUACGCCAUACGGAGGAACCAGCAACUAAUGACCCUACUGGAGAGCUCUGAUCCGCUAAACGAGUUUGCUAAUGUUAGCGAUGAUGAUGAUACAAGAGAUCAAGGUUGA